CACACCCUUCUCAUUAACCUGUGGAAGUUGAUGCAAGUCUGAACAUUGCUGUCAAGACACGGAUUUGUCGAUUUAAUCCACUAAAGAUGAGUUCCACAGAUACCAAUGCCGAGAGCGACGGCCCCAUCCCCAAGGGGGCCAGACUGAGCCGGGACGUCGCAAACCUGGACACCAUCCCCCCAGGCACCCUCAGUAAGGUAGAAGAGUGUCUGCAGCCUUUCCGUCUCUCUGUGGAGAAGCUGCAGGACGUGUCAUCUCGCCUGAGGAAGGACCUGAUCAGAGGGCUGGGCAAACACACACACUGCCGGGCACCCGUCAAGAUGCUGCCCACCUUUGUGAGGGCAACACCUGAUGGGAGAGAGAAGGGGGACUUCCUGGCUCUGGACCUGGGCGGGACUAACUUCCGGGUGCUGCAUGUUCGUGUGGUGGAGGAGAUGCAGAAGCUCCUGAAGAUGGACAGUAAGAUCUGUGCCAUCCCCCAGGAGAUCAUGCUGGGGACGGGAGAACAGUUGUUUGACCACAUCGCUGCAUGCCUGGCUGAGUUCCUGGAGUCUCUGGAGCUGAAGGGUCAGAUUCUACCUCUAGGCUUCACCUUCUCCUUCCCCUGCGAGCAGAAAGAUAUCGACAAGAGCAUCCUGAUCCACUGGACCAAAGGUUUUAACUGUUCCGGAGUGGUAGGAGAGGACGUUGUGAGGUUACUGAGAGAAGCCAUCCACAGGAGAGGGGAUUAUGACAUUGGUUCUGUUGCCAUGGUGAAUGACACGGUGGGGACCAUGAUGAGCUGUGGAUAUAGGGACCAGAGCUGUGAAAUUGGCAUGAUCAUUGGGACGGGGACGAACGCAUGUUACAUGGAGGAGAUCAAAAACGUGAAGAGAGUAGAGGGGGAAGACGGACGCAUGUGUAUCAACACAGAGUGGGGGGGAUUUGGAGACGACGGAUCCCUAAAGGACAUCCAGACUGAGUUUGACCUGGUGGUGGAUCGAGACUCACUCAACCCAGGCGUGCAUGUCUUUGAGAAGAUGAUCAGUGGGAUGUACCUGGGAGAGAUAGCGAGGCUGGUGUUGGUGAAGCUGGCUCAGGACAAGCUACUGUUUGGAGGAGAUCUAUCAGUGGCCUUGCUCACACAGGACAGCUUUGAGACCAGAUUCAUCUCCGAGAUAGAGGCGGAGAACACAGGACUGCAGAAGGCCCAGGAGAUUCUGUCAGAGCUGGACCUGCCUGCCGGGCCUGUGGACUGUCAGAUUGUGCGUCUGGUGUGCGACUCUCUCUCCACACGCUCAGCCCAGUUGUGUGCCACUGCCUUGGCAACCAUUGCCAACCGUAUCCGUGUCAACCGUGGACUGGACCAUCUAAGCACCACAGUGGGGGUGGACGGCACAGUAUACAAGAAACACCCCAACUUCAGUGAGAAGCUCCAGGAGACCGUACGCAUCCUGGCCCCCAAGUGUGAUAUCACUUUCCUCGUCUCCGACGACGGCAGCGGGAAAGGAGCUGCCAUGGUAACGGCAGUGGCACAGAGGCUGGCCAUGCAGUCCCGGAUACUAGAGGACAUCGAUGGAGAGGAGGAAGAGGAAGAGCACGAAGAGGAGGAUGAUGAAAAUUAAGCCGUGUAUUCGACUAGACAACUUGAAAUGCAGUACCAUGAAAAUGUCCCCCUCAAAUGCUUUUGUCAUAGACAAAGAUUGGAAGGUAGGGGAGACCAGGGAACAAAAUAGGAAAUAGUGUACUUUUAGUCUUUAGCUUAUUUGUGAAAAUAUUAUUUGAGUUAGAUUUAUAAUAUUUUUAUGCAAACAACAUAUAGUGCAUUUGUAAAAGUAUUCAAACGCC